AACAAAGGGGACCGACGUGAAAGGUGUAAACACAGAAAAAAUGUUGCAAAUACGCGACGAAAACGGGAAGUUUUUUGCGGAGCCAAGACACGACGAAGAAGUACAGCAUGGUAAUAUUCAUCUAGAUCAUGCAUAUACGUCAGGUAGUGCUACAGCCUGUUCACAAAUGAGAGGCAUGGGUGAUUAUCCAUCUGAUAGAGAGACACUCUCUGAGUCUGAAUCUGAUUCUGAUACAACAUCUGCCUUCGAAUCUGACAAUGAAAGUGAUUUAUUGGAUGACAAUGCCGAUGAAUCCGUCCCAGGAAUACCCCUUUUUGGCAGACACAUAGUGGAGUUGCAAGUGUUGGGCAAUCAACUGAAGAAAGGGUGCAUCAUGUGUGGAGAGAAAUUGCAACUUUCAUCAUGUAUUGGAGAAGGAAGAUAUGGAUUAGGCAGUAUGCUUCACAUCAAGUGUCUUGCUUGCCAAAAAUUGAAUAAAAUUCCAACUGGAAAGAGACGUCAAAAUGGAGUAUGGGAUAUAAACUCAAAACUGGGAGCUGAAUGUCGACUUCGCUGA